ACAUCUCUCUCUCUUUUAUUGUCUCAUCUACAAUUCCGAAAAUGAGAGAACGACGAUCAAGUGUGGUUGAAUCACUCGAUCCCCUCAUUGAGCUUACUAGUCAUGACCCACAACCCACUCGUACCUACAGUCUCGAUUAUAUAUUUGUCAAACGCUUCUUUCGUCUUGUCCGCCUACUGUUUCGUCCACCUGGAAACACCUAUCGCUUCUGGUCAACCCACAGAGAAGCUCAACAGAAAAGCAUAUUCUGGCUCUAUUGUACAUUUAUCUUUGGAUCUUGUGGAAAAGAGGUCCUGGUUUAUUUUGUAGGCCUGAUGCCAAGUCGAUUCUACAGCCUCCUUACAUCCAAGGAUUUGACGGGCUUUAUAGCAUACAUGUUUCCUUGUUUUUUCUUGGUGUUUGGAAUCGCCAUUAGUUUGAGCAUACUAAACUUUAUGGGCGGCCUGCUUGCUUUGAAAGUAAGACGGUUGCUAACAGAGCAUUUGCAAGACCGCUACGUUAAACCCAAGGCAAUGUAUACUCUCGUGCUCAAUCAUGAGUCGGUCGACAACCCUGACCAGCGGAUCACUCAGGACAUCGACAAACUUUCUGAAUCUCUACGUGAAAUCGUCUCGACCUUAAUCAUUGCUCCACUUCUGGUCGCCUACUACACCUGGAAGUGUUGGGAUGUCAGUGGAUUCAUAGGUCCGGCGAUGAUAUACGUCUACUUUAUCCUUGGCACUAUUAUCAGUCGCAGAUUGAUUAAGCCCAUUGUCAAUUCAGUGUUUUACAAGGAGCUCCAUGAAGGAAAUUUUAGAUUCCUUCACGUACGUCUGAGACAGUAUGUUGAGUCAAUUGCAUUCAGUAGUGGCGAAAUUGAAGAGAACGCAAGGGCGCAUAAUUCUCUGAGUACAUUGCUUACCUACCAAAGAUCAAUUAUCAACAAGAGCUUCCCAUUGAACUGCAACUCGUUUGCUUAUAUAGGAUCUAUUCUCUCUUACAUGAUUGUUGCUAUUCCUAUAUUUACUGGUGUAUUUGAUGACAAGGAUCCCGGAGAAUUGAGUUCGAUAAUUAGCAAGAAUUCGUUUGUAUCGAUGUAUCUUAUAUACCAAUUCACUGUCAUAAUUGAACAAUCCGGAAAAUUGUCCGAUCUUGCUGGUUAUACAGCACGUGUGGUUGAACUACUGGAAGCCAUGGAUAAUGUUGACAAUGAGAUUGAGAAUAUUGAAAUCGAUUAUCCUUACAGAGAAGAUGACCAGAGUGAGACCAUUGAAUUUGAAAACGUGAGUCUAUUGUCCCCGCGUUCAAAGGUUGUUGUGUUGGGAUUCAAUCUCAAGAUCAACAAAGGAGAUCACAUAGUAUUGACAGGACCCAAUGGGUGUGGUAAAACUUCGAUACUAAGAGCACUUGCUGGAUUAUGGCCUUGUACUAAAGGGCGUGUUCAUGUUCCAAAAAUGAAACAUGGAAAGGAUAUAAUUUUUUUACCUCAAGUACCGUAUCUUGUUCAUGGAUCAUUACGUGACCAGAUUAGUUACCCAAGCAUUGCAUCAACUAUCUACAUAUCUGACCAAGAAAUCAGGUCUUUAUUGCAACAAGUGCACUUGAGUCAUCUGGAGGGGCUGAUCGAAUCAUUUGAUCACGCAUACGCCCAAGAAUGGAAUAAGAUGCUGUCCCCUGGGGAGCAGCAGCGCCUAAUGUUUGCACGCAUCUUUUAUUGGAAGCCUCGUUUUGCCGUGCUUGAUGAAGCAACAAGUACAAUGGAUACUGCAACAGAAGAUCAUCUCUACAGUCUAACUAAAGAGUUCGGCAUUACGCUUAUAAGUGUAAGUCAUCAUCCCAGUGUCUAUCGUUUUCACAAGCGGCAUGUUGCUCUAGAUGGUCAUGGCAACUACACCAUUGGAGAUAUCCCAGAUUUACCCGCGUAAAGAAGUUUACACGCAUUAUAGAUAGAAACUAUAGCACACCCUUUUUCUUUUCUUAUCAAUUAUAUAACAGUUAUUGCCAUUGCCAUUGCCAUUACCAACACCAAUGCCAUAUUAGCUACUGAAUCCAAAUAAACAACCCUUCUCUUUCUUCAUAU